AUGCCACCAAAACCGAUCAAAAGGACACAAAAACGAGUUAAAUCGACCUUACCGGGAGAAACUGAGGUGGAUGCUAAACCUACGGAGGCUAAUACCGAAGAGGGUGCGACAGACAUUACUCAAGAAUCAUCCUCUGCAAUUCCUGAGGCUAUUCACUCUCUGAAAUCGGACUUUGCUGUGCGAUUUGAUGUAUUGCUCCAGGCGAUCAAUGGAGUGCAGUGCGACCUCAAAGCCCUUACAUCACGGGUAACAGAAGCCAAAGAUCAGAUAAGCAAACAAGAAGACAACAUCACAGAGCUGCAAACUCAAAACGCAAAAUUGAAAACUACUAUUGAAUCUCUCUCUUCAAAAGUCGAUGACCUGGAAAAUCGCAGUUGGCGAUCGAAUCUACGACUAGUAGGACUCUCAGAAAAAAAAGAGGGGAAGGAUAUGUGCGCCUUUUUAGAGAAAUGGCUUCCUGAGAUCCUCGGCCCAGAAAAUCUUCCAGGUCCCCUUGUAAUCGAAAGGGCUCACCGAAUCGGCAGAGUCACUGAAGAUCGCUCUGACACUCCACCAAGAGCUGUGAUAAUGAAAUUCCUAAACUACGCCGACAAAGUCCGCACCUUGAAAGCAGCAAGAGCAAAAGGUACACUGAUGGAAGUGCAAGAGGAAAUUCAAGAGCUGAUUGAACUGGAGGAGAAACAUCAUGAAUUUCCCACUGGAGAAAAAUCUUUUGAGUUGUCAAAGACUAAGAAAAGGUUUUCACUAAAAAAGCCUCAAAGAAGAGCAGCCAAAAAUACUUUCACCUGCUCACAAAGUGGAAAAGGUUUCACAUUUAAAAGCAAUCUUAAUAAACACAUGAGAGUUCACACUGGAGAGGUGGCUUUCAUGUGCCACCAGUGUGGAAAAAGUUUCAAAACUAAAGGAAACCUUAAUAUGCAUAUGAAAAGUCAUACUGGAGAAAAGCCUUACAUAUGUUCGCAGUGUGGAAAAUGUUUCACGUAUAAAUGCAAUCUAAAUGAACAUAUGAGGGUUCAUACUGGAGAGAGGCCUUACACAUGCCAUCGGUGUGGAUAA